GACUGCAGUGCUGUCGGUCUGAAGGCGAUGACCACAAGCUCGGUGUGAAAGCGCGCGAGAGCACGUGGUGAGGCGCGUCCCCUUUAUAAAGCUCGGUUUCUGUCCAGCCAGCCGCCAGGAGAUGGUGCGCGCUGGCACGCGGCACUGCCGUUUUCCACAAGAGGGGAUGGAGAAGCGCGUUAACGCUCUUUCCGUCGCGCCGGAGGGAAAAUAACUUCUUUUACGUUCCGUAACGUUCCGGUCUCUCUGCGUCUUUCGUGUUUGCGCGAGCGCUCGGACUCAGCAGGCGGUGCAGUGGAGAUGCGCGGCGGCGCGCGAGCGGUCCGUGCCUAGACUUAAAGCGCUGCGCGUGCGGCGCGUGCACUGGGUUUGGGGCGCUCGGAUGCCUUGGAUGCGCGCGCACCCGUUUAUCGCAGAAUUAAACUUCCCAUGGCCGUCACUGCGACUCUGCGGCGCUUCUAAGGAGUUCUUGUUUUUUUUUUCCUUUCCCCCUCUUUUUAUUAACAACUUCUCACGCCAAAUGGAUCUCCAGACGCAAAAACGUUCCAUGACUAAUGAUGCUAGUAUAGAAUAAACUUUUUUUUUUUUUGGUUUGGCUGCAAAAUGUAUUUAUCAUCUCACUUUCUGUAAAAGUCCACGUGUGCUUUAAUUAAAAAAAAAAAAGCUUAUAAUAUAGCUCAAAAACCAUUAAAAAAAAAACUGUGGAGGAACAUAGACAUCCUGCCCUGAAAAUGAACCUCUUCGUGGUGAGCCUGGUCCUCAGCCUGGAUCUCGUGGCCGUGACGCUCGGCUUGUCCACGUGCAGCACUUUAGACAUGGACCAGUUCAUGAAGAAGCGCAUCGAGGCGAUCCGCGGUCAGAUCCUGAGCAAGCUGAAGCUCAGCAAGCCGCCGGAGGAGUUCCCGGAGCCUGAGGACGUGUCCCGGGAUAUCAUCGCCAUCUACAACAGCACCCGCGACCUGCUGCAGGAGAAAGCCAACGAGCGUGCGGCCACCUGUGAGCGCCAGCGCAGUGAGGAGGAGUACUACGCCAAGGAGGUGCACAAAAUCGACAUGCAGCCCUUCUACCCCACCGAGAAUUAUAUCCGUCAGAACAACAACAUUCCCUACUUCAGACGGCUCUGGUUUGACGUAAGCUCCAUGGAGAAGAACGCCUCCAACCUGGUGAAGGCCGAGCUGAGGGUUUUCAGGCUACAGAACCCAAAGGCCCGUGUGUCUGAGCAGCGCAUUGAGCUUUAUCAGAUCCUGGGCCAUAAGGACCUCACAUCACCCACACAGCGCUACAUUGACAGCAAAGUGGUGCGUACUCGUACAGAAGGGGAGUGGCUGUCCUUUGACGUAACCGAAGCAGUCAGCGAAUGGCUACUGCACAGAGACAGAAACAAUGGAUUCAAGAUCAGUCUGCACUGUCCCUGCUGCACAUUUGUGCCAUCAACUAAUUACAUCAUCCCAAACAAGAGUGAGGAGCUGGAGGCCCGCUUUGCAGGGAUUGAUAUCUCCAUCCACCCUCACAGUGGCCAGUCUCCACACUUGCUGCUCAUGUUGCUCCCAUCCUACCGUCUUGAGUCCCAGCACAGGAGCCACAGACAGAAACGAGCCCUGGAUGCUGCUUUCUGCUCCAGGAACGUUCAGGACAACUGCUGUCUGCGCUCACUAUACAUUGAUUUCAAGAAAGACUUGGGAUGGAGGUGGAUCCAUGAGCCAAAAGGUUAUAAUGCCAACUUCUGUGCUGGAGCAUGUCCUUAUCUCUGGAGUGCAGACACCCAACACACCAAGGUCCUUGGUCUAUAUAACACCAUUAAUCCAGAAGCAUCAGCCUCUCCGUGCUGCGUGUCCCAGGACCUGGAACCUCUUACCAUCCUUUACUUCAUUGGCAAGACCCCUAAAAUUGAGCAGCUUUCCAAUAUGAUUGUAAAGUCCUGCAAAUGCAGCUAGGAACUGGCUAAAGCUGCACACAAACACACACACACACACACACACACACACACACACACACACACAUGCACACACUCACCGCACUCAUACAGUACAUUAUAAAUUUUGAUACAAUCACAAACUGUCUCAUUCACACAGGUAAAGAAAUUGUCAUGCAGGCCGGGAACAGAAAUGUACAUUUCCUACAACCAGCAUAAUGUAUUUGUACAAAGUGAGCACACAAAGCAGCACAUGCAGAGUUUGCAAUUAAGUGUGUGCAUACGUGUUUGUGUGUGUGUGUAUGUGUGCUGGGAAAAAUGGCCCUUUUAGUACAUCUCAUCUCACACACUCAUCACACCAGGACGUGAGUAUGGCAAACACUGGAAGUACAUGAUUAAGUUUCUACAUGUGAAGUAGUAGAAAAGAGAAUCCCUUAUUUCAGCAAGCAGUUACAGCAAACUCUGUUUCCUUCUUUUCCUUCUUUACCUAUGCAUCCCUCAAAACUGUAGUAACAUUUGUUUUUCGUUAUUUUUAAAGCUGGUUUUGAUUCUUAGAAAUUGUUGAAACCUCACUUAUUUAACGUCAGCGGGGCUUGUUAGUGACUUUCCUGGCUAAGAUAUGACGAGAGCAAUGGGGGAAAGGAAAGGUGAAGAGAUUUUCAUGAUACAGAAAGACACCAAGGGACUGAAAAUAGUUUAGCUAAAUUCCAUUGCAGCUGAACAAGAGGUGAACAAGCUAUUCCCAAAAAAAAAAAGCAAAAAAGCAUGUGACUGACUGAGAGUUUGGAAAGCAACAGGUGUGAAGUCUGCCUCAUGAUAUGUCCAGAGUUUAGGAAUAUACUAUAAAAUGAUGCUUUUUGAAUUCAGAAAGUGUGCAAAGUAUAACGUUAGAGGUGCUGUGAAUCAUGCAGUUAAACUGAAAAAGUUGCCUUUCUGUUUAUCAUUUGUAAUGCCAAGUAAUCAUGAGUACACACUACAGAACAUAUUAUAUACUACAGAACAUCUGUCAUGAUUACAUUAAAAAAAAACCUUACAUGCACACCCACACGUUCAUCGCAGGGUUGUUGGUUUUUUUUUUGUUAUUUUUUUUAAAUGAGGAACAAUAUAUAUAUAUAUAGGAACUUAAGCGUUCCCAUAAAGCUGAUCGUGCUGAUCAGCUACAGUCAUGUCAACAUUCUAUGAAGUACUGAGAUGAGAUGUAAUUAGAGUGGGACAGAGAGCAGGGUUAUGGUAGGUGACAAUGUACUAUGGAAGACUUGGAAAGGAGGUUGUAUCAGAAAAGUCAGAGGAAGGACAGAACAACAGCAGAGGGAUAUUUGCCAAGUGAUUAGAGGCAUGUCGAGCAGAUGUCUGACAAUGUCUCUGUGGCUGGCUGUAGCAAUGAGAGUCAGUAAAUGCCUGGCACUUCCAGCUUAUCGAGUUUCAACAUGUGGCAUGAAUGGGGCCAGGCCAGCCUUAUGAGUGUACUUGAGUAGCCAUGGAUGGAUAUGUGCCAUUGAGAAACUUUGUACUGCACUCAAAUCUGAGAGCAAAGCCCCUCCUUUUUUUUGUUUUGUUUAUUUUCCCGUUCCAAGGAACCGAGAUCCUUUGAUACAAAGAAUUGCACUGACUGUAUUUUAUUAUUAACUUUUUUUUUGUAACUUUUUUGUUUGUUGGAUUUUUACUUGUAGUUCAUGCCCCCCAACAUACCACAAGUGUUAACGACGUGACUUCAGUAAGGAAAUUUGGCCAGGCAAAAAAGAAACAGCUCAGACCAAUGUAGAAUGAUCUCUUCCAACAUUAUAUAAUAUGUAGGUGACAGUAUACGACGCCCUACCCCCAGCCCUCCUCAUAGUGCUAGUGGACUUCCUUAAGACACAGGAAGUGCAAGGAAGCACAACCAUUGUCACAUUAGAACAGGGGUUUCUUUAUUCCGUCCUCAAACACCUCCUGCCAAGCCACUUUUGUUGUUCCUUUCCAGUUUCUGAUCAUAUGAAACCAUGUAAGGGAGAACUGUGCGACUCUGACUUCCUGGUUCUGAUAUGAUCUGGGAUAGAGUGUGGAUUGGCCGAGGGUGGUCGAGGACCAUAUCAGUGACCCCUGCGUUAGAGCUGUAUAUUGUUAAUGUUGUUUAUGAUGAUGUUGAUGUUGUUGACCCACUACGACGUAUUGUAACACAUUAUUGUUAUGGUGCUCUAGUGGUAAAUAAAUUAUUUAAAUAACAACGGAAAAUAA